UUGUCUUUUCAGAUUGUUAUUCUUCAGCAUGUGAGUGGUUGGUUCCAAAUCCCACCACAAGCUCAUUUCUGGUCAAUGCGGUUGGCUGUUAUUAACUCAGUUCUCAAUCCAUUAAUCGGCGCCGCCAUGUGCAAGCCAUAUAGAAAAGGAUAUAUAUUCAUCCUUUGCAAGAUUUUUCACUGCUGUGGUUUAUGUUCAUCCUAUAAAGCCGACAGUAUGUUCAUAAAUCUUUAACCUGAUAAUUACCCUCAAACUUAGGUUAUGUUCGCACUGAUAGAUUUUUUUUUUCACGGAUAGAUUUUCGUGCCGACGUGGAAUGCCACCCGAAACGGCGCAAGUCCUUUACACCCAACAUUGUGCCGUCGAGUUUGGCCGAGAAGGUUAACGUUUGGUGCACUAAAUUCCAGUUCUCGUUUCUGUUUAUCUACUUCCGCGACUGUAGUAAUAGAUGUUCACGCUGCAGCAAAGUAUGGAACAAAAUCUCUCCAACAGUGUACUGUGACACAACACUUUCGAGAUCGUCACGGCGCAGCUUUGCGCCGUCACAGAAACCGCGCCUAAAACACAGUUUUUGUGUGUGAACAGAAGCCCUAUCCGGUAUGGUUUUCAUGGCGGCGCAAAAGCUUUCCGGAAUAUUGUGAAUAUAACCUUAAGGUAGAUACCCUGGGUACCAGAGGUUUUUUCUCGCGUGCGAGGAGGAGCUUUCGCCGGAUGUCGGCCGCAGGCCAACACGUCUUCGGCCGAAGGCCGAAUACACGAGCGGCGAAGCCGCGAGGAGACUUGACCGAAACCGGAAACCGCGCAUGAAAAGUCUCUGGCACCCAGGGUAUAAGGUAGACGGCCGGGGUACAAAAAAAAUUGACGUCUAAGCUCCUUUUCCUACCAGGCAUUUUUACAUUUUUCUCAUCUGAGAGGUAAUGGUACCUAUACCUUUAAGCCUUCUAAGAAAAUCGCUGCCAAACUAUUGACUCUGAUCUCAAAACUUAUCCUGCAACAUUCAGUUGGGGACACGCUUUAGUGGCCGUUGCCGUGGUAGAGAUGUGGCCUUUGUAGAGAGGUUUAAAAAAGAGUCGAUGUAUGGACUUUCCGCCGGGACAAUAAAAAAUGGCCAUUGUAGAGAGGUGGCCGUUAGUAGAGGAUCGACUGUUGUUGUCAAGGCAACGGGUCUUUGAAGGGCGCUUUAAACUUUAACUUUUUAAAAAUGAUCACGAAUCGAAGAGAGACAAGUUUCUUUUCAUUAGAAAGUAUGGUCUUUUUAGUUGUACUUACGUUGCCUCUCUGAUUCUUGAAAACAUGUUCUUUGUUUGCAACGCAUAUCUUAUGAGGUCCGCUACCUUGUUUUUUCAACUUCCAGAUCCAUGGACACGGCGGCUUUCGCUAGCUUCACGGCGCAGUUUUGAUUUAGAAUCAACCACACCGACCACAGAUCAAACGGUGGUUAGAGUCACGAGCAAUCCUUCAUUCAGUUAUCAUGAUUCUGGCAUUGUUCCUGAUGGAGGCAGCAUUGGAUACCAUCAGGGUGGCCUUAUUUACUCCGCUUAUGAAAAGGAACCAUGCGAAACCGAAAGCUUUUAUCGCACCACUGUUGACGGAGUCCAGGAAAGGCCACGUCUACAUAAGAAGCGCAUUUCUUUCAAAGACGAGGUCGAGAAGGAGGAUGCUGGAUCCAACGUGCGUCUGUCCGCUGGUAAAACAACUCCAAAACAGGAAACCUCUGAUUUACCUUCCAGUGACAAAUAUGGCUGUUACACGCAAGAAAAUGGUUAUGAAAACAAAAUCAUAGUCUCGCCAGAGAUGGACGCAGCUUUUGAAGAUGAAUCUUCUUGCGGCGACACACGAUCCAGUUCAAGCAAACGAAAGAGAAAAAUCGCUGUCUCAGGUAUGAUACUCUGACAUAAUAGCCCGUUCAACGCCUUAUUUGGGAAUGGACGUAGUGUGAUGCUAGAGGGAAAUAAAAGCCGGUAGACUGGGUCCGAAAGAUGUUAUCGUCAACCCAGAAUGUCCAUGUAUUUGUCAAGCGUACGCAAGUUUCUUCCUUUCAAAAACCUACAGGUGAAAAGGGCUAAGAAAAUUAAUUUAAAACAUUAGACAAGUCUAUUUAGCUUUCUUACGUGGUAGUACAGUUAAACCUCGCUUUGUGGACACCUUAUUAUUACGAACAGUUUGCUUCGUGCCUGAGGAAAGAAAGCCCUUCCAGUUUCUCUAAAUUCAAACCCCUUUUAUAGGGACACCCUGUUAAUACGGACACUUUCUAUGGCCACCUCACUGUCCGUAUUAAUGGGCUCUGUCUGUAUAUUUACUAGGCUGUAACUAUACUUAAACGUCUUUGUUCACUUAUUUUUCUUUCUUGGUCUUUUCUCUAGUUUAUCCGUUCAUUUGCAAGACACCAGAAUUGUUUAACGAUAACUCUUUAGAGAACAGUCAGUUAUCUCGCGAUUCACAAGGUGACAAUGGUGAAAACGUAAAACAAAAUUUUGCAGUGACAGAGAAAGCUAAACAGGAUGUAAAGCCAUCUAAAGCAGAUGUUCUGACGGACUGCAACCAGUUGUCCCUUAGCGCUAUAGAUGUAACAUCAGAGCCAUUAUCUAAAGACUUUGAAGGGGAAAAUGCAUUGGAAUUAAGUCCAGAAGCAAAGUCUACGGAAAAAAGAGCCGAUUGUUUCUCGUCACCAGGCCCCCUUGAGGAGACAGGGCCUCAGACUCUUCAAGUCACACAUUUUCCAGUUAAUACAAACUCUGGUAUAAAGACAACUGUUUUGCCCGAUCGCUUCACAUCGAGAUCUCCCCUUCCAUUUUCAAGGAGUCGUUCCUUUAUAGAAAGAACUUUUGCUACCUCGUUUUCACGCACAAAGUUGCGUUCUCGGUCAUUUGCCAAUGGUUCAACUUCAAACGCGAAUCCAUUUUACGAGUUUGACAAUUUGGGUUAUCAGACAGCUGACUCGCCGUUUCACAGGCAUUCCGUGGAUCUAGCCGGGGAACAGCUAGGUGGAAUUCAGAGCUAUUCGGAAUCUGAUUUUACUUUCUCCUUACCAGAAACUGCACUGGUUUCCCCUCAUGGAACACCAAAUACAGAAAGUUUCAGAAGUUUCCAUGCUGUGGAGCACCAUAAUCCACCCAACAAAAGUGGGAUAAGUGUAGGUAAGAACUGUCGAGACAUCGGCAUAAAAAGAGAGGAAGAAUGAUCAUACUGUGGGAAUACUACACACGUAAAUAUCGCCCCAUGUAAGGGAUUCCGGGAUACGGGAAAAUUUUGCUUGUGGAAUCCAGAAUCUAGGAAAUUUAUUUUGUUGAAUCCGGAAUCCAGGAAAUUCGUGUCGUGUAAUGGGGAAUCCUGAGAUUUGGAAUCCGGAACCCCACUACCAAUUGGAAUCCGGAAUUUAACUCCCACUGGCAAAGAAUCCGGAAUCCAGAACUUGGAAUCCAGAAUCAAUGGCGUGGAAUCCAGAAUUUCAAGACUGCCUUGAAUCCCCUUUCAUGGGGCAAUAAAUUCGCCAUAGGUCUCUUUCAGUUCAUCGUAUGUCACUUGUAUUACAUCAAUAACUGUUACUCGCUAUUUUACCUUGGUUGCCAGAGGUUUUUUAUUGUACUAAAAUUAAGUGAACUUGGUCUCAUGAAUUUCCACCAAUUAUUUCAUUCUAUAGGAUAUAAGUCUGAGAGCAGACUUCUUGGAGUCGGGGUCGGUUAUUCUCAGUGGCAUAGAGAAACGUAACCCCGUGUUUAUCAUCGAAAAGGCUUCUUAAAGAACUUUGGCGUUGACAAUGAAAUUUUAAGUCAGUUUUUCCACAGGCAGUCCAAGCGCACUAUUUGUGGGUUCGGGCUUCAGAGGUCAUUUGGUGGGAAUACACUAGAAUUAUUAGUGUAUUAUCUGAUGCCAAAUAAAUGCAAAAAGUCUUAAAGAUAUGAAGUCUUCUUGUUUGUCUAUCGGUACUAGUAGCCUUUAAGAUAACGAAAAUCGAUAUUUCUUGCAUUAUUUGUGAUUCGGGUUGAUCAAUCAAAAUUUUAAGGGAAAAAAAAUCAUGAAGAAAUUUUGAUUCCUUCCCUUACCUUUCGUUCAUAAGGGCCACUCUGUUUCCUACGGCUGGUUUAAACGCCGUUUAGUAUUCUUUUCCAAUCUGAAGCCCGAACCCACAAAUAGUGUGCUUGGGCUGCGUCUGUGGUUUUUAGUUUACCCUUUUUGCAGAAAACCAAAAAUUUAGUUUACACUUUUUGCAGAAAAUGAAAACAGACCUCAAGGGCAAAGCUCCAAUCACGACGUAAUGCGAAAGUCUAGCAAGACUUACAAGGAACUGAGUGAAUUAAGCCUCGGGGAACUGGAACGAGAGGUCUUCUGUUGA